AUGUUUCAUCCGUUGUCAUGUCCAAGUCUACAGCCAAUCAAAUACGAAUACAACCUCCACGCCGCGCCGUUUCAAAGUUCCCGAUUGGGUCGUCACUUUUUCUGCUCGACGACAUCCUCGUCGAUGGCUUCGCCCAUGGCCCACGCUGCACGCACCACGCCUUCUCUGCCUUGGUGGGGGCAGCAGUUGAACCCCCUUUCAGCCGCGGGAGAAAAAAAAAUCAGCCCUUCGCCUCCAUCAUCGGCCUUGUCAAUGUAUACCACCCAUGGACCAUGGCAUAAUUAUUGCCAUCUAUUAAUCUAUCUCAAUCACAGUACCCUCACCGCUGGGAACCUCUCGGUCACUAUCCUGUCUCUAGCUUUGCCAGGUUCUUUCAUCCAUCGGCUCGGUUAA